GCUCAGUGGAAGCAGUGAGUCAGUCAUAGUAUGUGACAAAACUGAACUACACAAUAGAAGGUCAGAUAACUCAAACUGCCACUAAGGCUAGAAGUGAACAAUCACGGAGAUGGAACCUAAAAAGGUCAGGGAGGGAUAUCUGGUUAAAAAGGGAACAGUGUUUAACUCUUGGAAGGCAGUGUGGGUUGUGCUGUCUGAUGACGGGAUUGAAUUCUACAAGAAGAAAACCGACAACAAUCCCAAAGGAAUGAUACCGCUGAAAGGUGGUUCCAUCUCUAGUCCAUGUCAAGACUUUGGAAAAAGAAUGUUUGUCUUUAAACUCAGCACAGGAAAGCAACAAGAUCACUUUUUUCAAGCUGCUUUUCUAGAAGAGAGGGAUGCCUGGGUAAAAGACAUCAAGAGAGCAAUCACCUGCCUUGAAGCGGGAAACAAAUUUGCAAGAAAAUCAACUCGGAAAUCAAUAAGAUUGCCAGAAACUGUCGAUUUAGGCGUUCUUUAUCUUUCCAUGAAGGACCAAGACUCUGGGGUGAAAGAACUGAAACUUGAGAAAGACAAACGAGUUUUCAAUCACUGUUUCACAGGAAACACUGUCAUUGACUGGCUGAUGGCAAACAACAAGAUAAGAAAUCGGCAGGAGGGUCUAAUGCUUGCGACAGCUCUUCUCAGUGAAGGUUAUCUGCAGCCUGCUGGAGACAUUUCCAAAAACGCAGUGGAAACAGUAUCAGAUGUCACACUCCUUGAUCAGCAUGAUGCUCUUUAUUACUUUGCAGACAGUGGCUUUUACUGUGAGGGAUACUCGAGCGACGAAGAUGUUGUUUUGAAAGAGGAGUUCAGAGGGGCAGUUGUGAAACAGGGGUGCCUAUUGAAACAGGGACACCGAAGGAAAAACUGGAAAGUGAGAAAAUUUAUUCUAAGAGAUGAUCCUGCCUACAUGCAUUAUUAUGAUCCUACCAAGGGUGAGGAUGAUGCUCUUGGUGCUAUCCAUUUGCGUGCUUCUGUGGUGUCUGCUGUAGAACAGGUACCAGAUGCUAAGAAAUAUGACAUAGAAGGCAAUCUCUUUGAAAUUAUCACAUCAGAUGAAACUCACUACUUUCUACAAGCAGCUACAUCUACUGAGCGGAAAGAGUGGAUCCAGGCCAUUCAAACUGUGGCCAAGACUGGAAAAUAGUGACAAAUGGUGGAAAUACUGGGGAAAUAUUUUCUAAUCUAUUAAUGUUCUAAAGCAAUUUCUUAUUUUUUUUUUUUUUGCUACUGAAUAAUACUUAACAUUUAUUGCCACAAAAUUAAGUUAUGUGUCCAAUUCAUAUUCAUACUUUGGAUUGAAAUACUUUUCUUGAAAAUUGCAUUUAUUAUUUCUGUCAUUUUCACCCAAAAAGCACACAUACAUAUCUAUCUAUCCCUAAGUUCUAAAGGUAUAUUUGUGUGAGUAGCAUUUAUAAUAUUGUAUAAAAACUCUAUUUAGCUCUUAAUUUAUUGGAACUUUUUUUUCUUUUCAUAUAAUCUACAGAAAAGUUACAAAAACCUAUUGUUCCCUUACCAAUCUCAGAUACAAGUACAUGUACAGAGCACUCAAAAAUCUUCAGAAACUAAAAAAAAACUAUCCAACAAAGCAAAAAAUAAUCCAACCUUGGAUAGUCUUGUACCUGGGGAAUAUGUAUAGUGGUGAAUGAUAAGAGAUGGGCAGGUUUAAUAGAAACAAGAACUACUGUUUCAGUGCUUCCUAACCCCAAUCUGUAUUCACUGUUACUUAAAAAAAAAAAGCUUAACAUAUGAAUGUGAAAGUAUAGAGCUGCAGGUGAAAGUAUUGGCACCCUACACUUAAUAUAAGAUAAUUCAAGAAAACCUGUUAAAUACAAAGACCAAAAUACAU